AUAUAAAAAUUAAUUUAUUUUAAAUUGCUAAACAACACAAUACAAAUACUAAAACGUAACAACAACAAUAAUACAUAAACCUAUUAAACAAAAAAAACAUUUUAAGCCACGCAUUAUAAAAUAGUUUUCAAUUAAAAUACAACAAAAGCAGCAAAGCUCCCUCUUUACGCUUUAAAAAAAAACAACAACAAAUUGAAGAAAUCUUUUUAUGAUUUAUUAAAUAUCAUUGAUAAUAUUAAAGAAGAAAUUGCUGCUGCUAAAGAAAGAAAGUGAUUUUAUUUAUUUUCAUUUGUUUAAAAUCAAAAUCACCAACAAGUGUUUAAGUUGCUGCUUUUUUUUUGAAAACUCCAAAGAGAAAAAAACACCAAAAAAGAAUUUUGUAAAAAAAUUUAAAAAAAUAUAUUUUUUGUGGUUGAUUAACUCAAGUGAUUUCUUUGGCUUUUUUUAAAUUUUUUGAAAAAAAAAUUUAUUUAACUAAAACUUACGUAGUACGACAUACUUAUUUACCUACAUACAAAUAAAACAACAAAAACAAACUGUUAAAAAAAAUAAAAUUUAUGUGAGUGUGUUUGUAUGUAUACGUGAGGGAUUCGUGUGUGAUUCAACAAAACAACGCAACAAAAAUAAAGCAAAAUAACAACAACAACAACAAAAUAAACUAAAAUACAAAACAAAAUAAAAGAAAAAUAAAACACAACAACAACAACCAAAAACAAAUACAAAAUAAAAUUAUACAAGCAGCCAAGUAAGCAAACAAAAACAGUGUGCCCAACAGAAAAACAUACAUACACACACACACACCAACCAUCACACGUUAAACAGAGAACGCGCGCUGCUGUGUCAUUAAAUAGCAAACGGUACCAACACACCACCACCAAUCAAUGAGAGUGAGUGUGACAGCGCUAGCGUGAGUCAUAAUAUCAACACAUAUAAAGUGAAAUGAAAAUGCGGAUAAAGAGAGAAUCACCGUGUCUAUUGCUUAGAUUUAUGCCAAUCACCAAAGUCGAAUACAAUAACAGAAGAUCCAAAGAUAACCUGGAUACCACUUGUGAAGAAGAAGAAACUAACUCCUCGUCUACAAGGGCUCCCCUGACGAGGAGUUGUAGUAGUCCCGCUGUUUAUGAUAUCGAAACACAUCCCGCCUCACCAGUUUUCCCGCACUUAUUAUUGGGCAAUGGCCGCGAUGCUGAUGAUCCAAGUAGUGUGGGAGCUAAUUGUGUUUUAAAUGUUACCUGCCAAGCACCGAACACAAAUCAAAUGUCGGGCCUUAAAUAUAUGCAAAUACCUGCCAGUGAUACACCUCAUCAAAAUAUAAAACAAUAUUUUCAGGAAGCCUACGAUUUUAUAGAGGAUGCCCGUAAAACCGGUUCCCGGGUGUUACUCCAUUGUCAUGCGGGUAUUUCCCGCAGUGCCACCAUUGCCAUUGCCUAUGUUAUGCGCUAUAAAUCUCUGUCGCUGCUCGAAGCCUAUAAACUAGUUAAAUUAGCACGUCCCAUUAUCUCGCCCAAUCUUAACUUUAUGGGUCAGUUGCUGGAACUGGAACAAAGUUUACGUUCAAGCGGCAUUUUAGAGCCACUUACACCCAACUCAGCACCUUUACCCACAACAAACUUAUCUAGUCAAAUUGAUAAUAAUGCCGAAAUGGCUGAUGAAGAUAUAGCCGACGAAGACGACGAUGUGGCCACUAGCAGUAAUAAUAAUAAUAGUACAAGAAAAUGUCAAAGUCAAAACAUUGAAAUGGAUGAAUGCGAUAGUGGUCAUAGUAGCGGAGCCAGUAGUAAUUGUUCAUCACGUUUAACCUCACCACCGGUAACACCUGAAGAUGAAACUCCCUGCUCUUCAAAUACAGCGACAUCUUCCUCCUGUCUUUCGCCCGCCUCAACUUCAUCUUCAAAUUCUUUGCUAAAUGCCAGUCGACCUACACGUUUUAAACGAAAUUCACCCGCCAAACUGAGGCUUAAUUUACAAUCUACCUACGCUCCCAUACCCAAGUCGUUAUCCUGUAUCUCUAUACAAAAUGCCGGCAUUAGUCCUAUUUGCAAAGAUGCACCCACAACACCAAACUGUGAUUUGGCCAUGAGCAGUAGUACAAGUGAUUGAAAUAAUUAAAAAUUCAUUUAAAACAACAUAUUUACACAUUCAAAAAGAAAAGCACUUAGAAAAAUUACUUGUUUUUUUAUUUAGAAAACACGCACUGACAGAAAACAACAAAGCUGUGAAAUAAGAAACGCAAAAAAGUAAAUGAAAUGUACUUUAAAAAAGAAUUAUUUCAAUUGUAUACAACAAAUAUGCUUAAGCAGUUUAAGAAUUGUAAGGAAAUAGUAAAAUAAAUACUUAUUUAUGUUUAUGCUAUAUAGUUAGAGUUUUCAUUUGAAUGUGGUAAUAUUAUUAUGAUUUCUUUAAAGAUUUCUUUUUCUAAACUGAAUUAAAUCUAAAACAAGUUGGCCGUUUACUCUACUAGUCAGAUUUAAUAGGAAAAAAUCAAAAACGAUUUAAGAAAAAUUAUACAAAUCUGACAAGUAUUGGAAUAAAGCUAAUAUCUUGCUUUUUCAAUAACCAGGAGUUAAAGGGGUAUGCUAAGAGACACCCUUGCUGUACAAGCUUAAUGCUUUUUUAGUUUGAUCUCAAUCAAGCAGAUAGAUAUGUGAGAUUUUGAUUUAAUUCAAAAUAAUAUCUGCUGUAAACUUGAUUGCAAUAUAAAAUGUGUCAGUAACCCCACCUGCAAUAUAUUUCUUAACAAAAAUUAAGGUUGUAACCUUUCUUUACAUAUGUAUCUACCUAUAGACAAAACUGUUUUAAGUUUUAAUAGAUUUUGUGGUUCAAAACAUUUGCCAUGAUUUUUAUACAUUUUAAAAAUAGUAACUUAAGUCUUUAGAGGGGCUUUGUUUACUAUUUUUAUAGCAAAAAAUCAUGCAACAUACCAAAAAACAAUUUCAAACUUCAGCCCUCUCCUUUUACCCUAACCCCAACAAACAUCACACAUUAAUUAAACAAAAUUUUCAACAAAAAAAACUUUAGCAGAAAAUCCUAAAAAACAAAGUUAGAAGAUGAUAAAGUUUAACAUCAUCAUUUAUCGCUUAUUUAUUCAAAUAUUUGUAGUUUUUAAUUAAUUAUAAUUUAAAAUGUAUCUUAACUAUUUAUAAAAAAAACCAACAAAACAUGUACAUUAAUUUGUUUAAAAUUUUACUAUUAUUCUAAACAAAAUGUAAACAAUUAUACAAGUUGUAUUGACUAAAUUUUUCUUUUCAAUACAAAAUUAAAGAAAACUUGCAACAAUGUUUUAGUUAAAUGAAUAUAAAACACGUAUUUGAACUCAAAACAAUUUACUAGACGAUCA